AUGAACCAGAUAGAGGAAGGAAAAUCCUCAUCAUCAUCUUCCGACACAAUAAUCCUCUCUUCUGAUUCACAAACUGCUCGAUCUCAUUGGCCCACAGAAUUCCAAAUCCCAAACUUUACAUAUUUUGUGGAGAUGCAAUUUCGAAGUGCAAACCAGGCCUUCAUAUCAAACGGAAUUCUUCUGUCCCCUGGUCAUAAACCUAAAUCGGACAUAUUGGAAAAUAAAUGUCUGCCUGCCUAUGGUGUUAAAAAACUGAGGAAGGCAGAGGAACCUUUUUGUACUCCUUAUCCUGCUGGACAGACCGAGGACAGCCUCAAAGGUGAAAGAUUGUUGUUGUUAUCUGAGGUCAAGAAGAGACAUAAUGAUAAAGUUGUCAAAGAAAAAAAUGGCCUAGACCCUGUCACACAGGAGGCAGAAAGUCGUCAGAGACAAGCCCAUGGUCACGGAAUUCAAGAUCCGAUGGCCAGGAUUUUUCACUGUGGCAGAGGGAAAUGCUUCCUCAACAUUUUUUAA